CAUUCAUUCCAGCCCGGAGGACAAGGAAAACAAAACUCUAAAAAUAACUGUCAGCAUCUUAAAAAGAGAAAAGCUUCGCUGCCACCACCACUACCCCCCUUCUUCUACUCCCGCCCUCUCUCCGCGCCACGGGGCACAUGUCUGCUUCUUACAACACCGCGAGGCACAUGGUCCCAGUUAGACACCGAACCCCAUCGAGACCGAGAGGAAAUCCACAUCUGUGGGACGCUCCGCACAGAACCGCCACCUCCAGCGAGGGAAACCGGGGGACUGCAGCAGCGACAUGAAAAAGGGCUAGAGCGAGUGGACGCGGCUCAUGCGACGGCCGGGAGCGCCUGCGAGCUGGAUCUGGUGGAGGAUGCUGCGGCAGGUGCUUCGCAGAGGGCUCCAGUCAUUCUGCCACAGGCUGGGCUUAUGCGUGAGCCGGCACCCGGUCUUUUUCCUCACCGUGCCGGCAGUCCUGACCAUCACCUUCGGCCUCAGCGCGCUCAACCGCUUCCAGACCGAAGGCGACCUGGAGCGCCUGGUUGCUCCCAGCCACAGCCUGGCCAAGAUCGAGCGCAGCCUAGCCAGCAGCCUUUUCCCCCUGGACCAGUCCAAAAGCCAGCUCUAUUCGGACUUACACACCCCUGGGAGGUAUGGCAGGGUGAUCCUCCUCUCCUCACCCGGGGACAAUAUUUUGCUCCAGGCUGAGGGGAUUCUGCAGACCCACCGAGCCGUGAUGGAAAUGAAGGUGAACCACAAGGGCUAUAAUUAUACUUUUUCCCAUCUGUGUGUGUUGAGAAAUCAGGAUAAGAAAUGCGUGCUGGAUGAUAUUAUUUCAGUGCUAGAGGAUCUCAGGCAGGCUGCCGUCUCCAAUAAGACAACAGCCAGGGUGCAAGUAAGGUAUCCCAACACUAAAUUAAAGGAUGGGAGGAACAGUUUUAUUGGACACCAGCUGGGCGGGGUAGUGGAAGUGCCAAACAGCAAAGACCAGCGGGUCAAGUCAGCCAGAGCCAUUCAAAUCACCUACUACCUCCAGACCUAUGGUUCUGCCACACAAGACCUCAUAGGGGAGAAGUGGGAGAAUGAGUUCUGUAAGCUUAUGAGGAAGCUCCAGGAGGAGCAUCAAGACCUCCAACUGUACUCUCUGGCAUCUUUUAGCCUCUGGAGAGACUUUCAUAAGACCAGCAUCCUGACCAGAAGCAAGGUCCUGGUGAGCCUAGUGCUGAUCCUGACCACGGCCACCCUGUCCAGCUCCAUGAAAGACUGCUUGCGCAGUAAGCCCUUCCUGGGCCUCCUGGGGGUGCUCACGGUGUGCAUUUCCAUCGCCACUGCAGCCGGGAUAUUCUUCAUCACUGAUGGGAAGUACAACUCAACCCUGCUGGGAAUCCCUUUCUUCGCCAUGGGUCAUGGAACUAAAGGAGUAUUUGAGCUUCUGUCUGGAUGGCGGAGAACCAAAGAGAAUUUACCCUUCAAGGACAGGGUAGCAGACGCCUACUCUGACGUGAUGGUCACCUACACCAUGACCAGUUCCCUGUACUUCAUCACAUUUGGUAUGGGUGCCAGCCCCUUCACAAACAUAGAGGCCGUGAAGAUCUUCUGUCAGAAUAUGUGUGUCUCUAUUCUAUUGAACUACUUCUACAUUUUCUCUUUCUUUGGCUCUUGCCUGGUCUUUGCUGGACAACUUGAGCAAAAUCGAUACCACAGCAUCUUUUGCUGUAAGAUCCCUUCUGCAGAAUACCUGGACCGCAAACCUGUGUGGUUCCAGACAGUAAUGAGUGAUGGGCACCAACAGACAUCCCAUCAUGAGACAAACCCCUACCAGCACCAUUUCAUUCAGCACUUCCUUCGAGAACAUUACAAUGAGUGGAUUACCAAUAUCUAUGUGAAGCCAUUUGUGGUCAUCCUGUAUCUCAUUUACGCCUCUUUCUCCUUCAUGGGGUGCUUGCAGAUCAGUGAUGGAGCCAGCAUCAUCAACCUACUAGCCAGUGAUUCCCCAAGUGUUUCCUACGCCAUGGUUCAGCAAAAAUAUUUCAGCAACUAUAGCCCUGUAAUAGGAUUCUAUGUCUAUGAACCCCUGGAGUACUGGAACAGCAGUGUCCAAGAGGAUCUGCAGAGGCUCUGUAGUGGGUUCACUGCAGUGUCCUGGGUAGAACAGUAUUAUCAGUUUCUGAAAACAAGCAACAUCAGUGCCAAUAACAAGACUGACUUCAUCAGUGUCCUGCAAAGCUCGUUUUUAAAAAAGCCAGAAUUCCAACACUUUCGGAAUGAUAUCAUUUUCUCCAGAGCUGGGGAUGAAAACAACAUCAUUGCUUCUCGCUUAUAUCUGGUGGCCAGGACUAGCAGGGACAAGCAGAAGGAAGUCAUAGAAGUUCUGGACAAGUUGAGGCCCCUGUCUCUCUCAAAGAGUAUCCGGUUCAUCGUGUUUAAUCCUUCCUUUGUUUUCACAGACCAUUACAGUUUGUCAGUCACCGUGCCUGUUCUGAUCGCAGGCUUUGGGGUUCUCCUGGUGUUAAUCCUGACUUUCUUCCUAGUGAUCCAUCCUCUGGGAAACUUCUGGCUAAUUCUUAGCGUCACCUCAAUUGAGCUGGGCGUUCUGGGCUUAAUGACGUUGUGGAAUGUCGACAUGGAUUGCAUUUCUAUCUUGUGCCUUAUCUACACUUUAAAUUUUGCCAUUGACCACUGUGCACCACUGCUUUAUACAUUUGUAUUAGCAACUGAGCACACCAGAACACAAUGUAUAAAAAGCUCCCUGCAAGAGCACGGGACAGCCAUUUUGCAAAACAUUACUUCUUUUCUUAUUGGGUUGCUCCCCCUCCUCUUUGUGCCUUCAAACCUGACCUUCACACUGUUCAAAUGCUUGCUGCUGACUGGGGGUUGCACGCUUCUGCACUGUUUUGUUAUCUUACCUGUGUUCCUAACCUUUUUUCCUCCUUCCAAAAAGCACCACAAGAAAAAGAAACGGGCCAAACGAAAGGAGAGAGAGGAAAUUGAAUGCAUAGAAAUCCAAGAGAACCCUGAUCACGUCACCACAGUCUGAGGGUGGAGAUUUUUUCUUUUCCAGUGUUGCACAAUGAUGCAGGGCUAGUAAGGCUCAGACCUCAGCUGCUUGGGCUGGCCAGGGGUAAAAGGCAAGUCAGAUCAAGAGUGCAUUAUUCAUGACGCAUCCAAGGGUCUGCUUCUUUUGAUGGAAGACAUAAUAAAAGGAGGUGAAGUUCUUUACAACCUUGUGCUCCAUGAGAGAUAAUUCUCCAGACAUUGAUCUUAGAGCUUUUCUGAGAAAUGGAUGGAUUGGUGUGGUAAGAUGGAAGGCUGAAAGAUUUAAAGAUUCUUAGAAGAAAUGGAGAAGAGAGAAUAGGUGGUCUCCAGAUAGGGGAAAGUACAAAAAGAAAUGUCUAAUUUGUCAUGUCACUUCAUGUUUUCAUGAACAGAUCAAUCAAAGGAAACCUAUGCACAUGGGAAGUACACAUUUAAUCCUGUAUAAACCAAAGGACCGAACCUCCCGAUCCACUUUGUGUAUACAUAUAAGUAUACAUAUACAUAAUAUGUCUUGAGUGUGAAUUGGUGGUUGGGUGAAAGAAGGUGUUCAUUUGCAGAUAGGCUGGCCUUUCUCAAAAAGUCAAAUCAACAUUAGUCAAAUGUAUAACCUCAUUAGGGAUGAUACAAAAUAUAUAAUUGGUCACUUGAAAUCAACUCAACCGUCUAAAUAGCAAGAGUAUUAUCAACUGUAUGAUAACAAGAUAGACAGAAAUUUGAAUCCAUUAAAUUCUACAUAUCAUGUUGUUGGUCACUGAGAUCCUACCUUUGGGAUAACUUCACAAAAACUCCAAAAGGUAUUUGAGUUAAUUAGCAUGUGAACAAACGUUUAAAAUCUAAAGUAGUUGAGAUAGUUGUCAUUAGCUUUUAACAUUUCUGUGUAUUUGGAAGGCCAGCAUGGCUACUUUUGGAUAUCUCAUCCACCUGAAAAAAUGAGCACUUUAAGCACAUUGUUUUUGCAUGCAUAUAAGGGUACACAGUGCAAGUGAGAGAUGGAAAGAAAUAAUGGGAUACCAUUUCGUAGUUAAGUGCUCUUAAGUUAAAUGGUGAAAAUACACCGUUAUGGCACAGGUGGCAAUUAACACAGGAAAAAGAAAAUGUCUGGAAAACUUAGCGAGUAAAAUGAGCCAUCUACCAUUCACCAUCUCGGCAUCAAAUAGCCUGUUGUUUAAGAAAAACUUGCCAACUCUACAGACUCUAAUGUGUUCCUUGGAAUAAGUCUGGGAGCAUUAACCAAGACCAUGAUCACUAUGAUGGUGGUCACCAUAACCCCUGCAGCAUCAUUUUGUAGCUUCUUGGAGUAUCAUUGUCUUCAUUAACUAGAAAGUAAUCUCCUAUGGCAAGCACAGCUCUCUACUGGUGCCAUAUUAACUGUGUGUAAUUGCACCUGGAGUCCUUACAUUAAAAAAAGAAAGAAAGAAAGAAAAAGUAUUGAGGUAAAUGUUUGGAUUUUUUUGUUUUUGUUUUUGUUUGUUUGUUUGUUUGUUUGUUUGAGUUAGUGUUGAAAACUAUGCCCCAGGCAGGUCCUCAGUCUGCUGGGUGCUUUCAAGGACUAAGGCUGCUAUUCAUGUUGGAGAACCUUACUAGAAAAUUCCUUUUCCAUGCCAAAUAAGGAACCUAAGGAAUGAUUCAUUUCUGGGUAGAAUAAAACAAAUGCCUAAUGAUUACACAUCCUGCUAAGAAGCUCUUUUUCCUGAGGAACGUUUAUAUUUCCUACCAAUUUGGGUUGCAUAAUUUAAAUGCAUUAGCAAUACUAUUGGCUUCAAAAAAACAAAACCCAACUAGAACUCUUAGAAAAUUCCAUUCCUGUUUAAGUUUUAGGAAAUGAUGCUGAUAGACAAUACUGCUCUUCUAAAUGAUGCAAAUUUUUAAAUGGACAUCAUUUAAAUGAAAUUCAGUUUAUUGAAUGACAUUUGUUCUAUUCUACUUUAAGACUGCUGUGUUUCAGUGUCUCCCCUGAUUUGGAUACACUAGCUAUAGAAUUAAGGAGGGACCAUAACUUCCCAUAAAUGCACUUGAUGUUUUCACUGUAUCUGUAAAGCCAUGUCACAGGUAACGCCAGCCUUUCAUCGCAAGAACUUUUGUGCUAGGGGGAACAGACAUUUGGACAGUUGACCUCCAGGCCAUGAUCUCAUAUUUGAAGUCGAAUUUUCUAAGCAGUUUUUGCAGUUGGAGAACAGAAUUCCUCUUUCAAAGUUACUCAUCGUUUAUGAAAAUUUCUAUAACUCACACCUGCUUGUAAAGACAGCCACUAAGAAGCUGAGGAUUCCAUAUCACUUCAUAUCUGUCCAUAUUCAGUGAAACUCCAUUGUUUCACCAAUUGUUUAUUUAAAGAUAACUUACUUGAGUUUUAUAAUUGCCAUAGACCAUUUCAGAUACAAAAAUAAAUAAAUAAAUAAAUAAACAACAACAACAAAAAGAUUGACAAGCUAAUUGGCAAGCUUGCAAACUGCCAAAUACAUGGAAGUACCACUGCAUAUUAUGCCAAAGCACCAGUUUCAGUCUCUCCCAAAGCACUUGGAUGGGCAAAGACUUGUUUAUAUAUUAAGUAUUGUCUUCAAGGAUCAGACGUGUAGGACAAACAAGAAUUUCUCAUUGUCCAAGUGUCUAGAGAGGUGGCAUUUUAGAAGAGAUGUUAACUUCUCCAGAACACGUGAUUCUCUCUAAGGAUAUGUAGCAAUAAUUUACUGAAAUGAAACUCCAUGUUCUGGAAGAGUUAAUAGGGUGCCCAAAAUUCCUUGUCUUGGUCUAAAGAAGUAAUGUAAGCCCAGAAGAGCCUCGCAAAGCAUCCCGCAAAGCUUCCAACCUCACACUGAAGCAGAUAUUUCCAAGAUUUUCUUCUCUGAGUACCAAGUAUUAAAAUAUUAGAUCAUGAUUUACAGGUCAACCUCCAAACUCAACCUUUUCUGAUUAUUGGUGUGCUCCAUCCUAGUUUUUCAAGUUUUUGCUUGCUUUGUCCAUUGUGAAGUGCUGAUGGCAUUCAAGUUAGGACGUUAUCUUCUAUCAAACAGAGAGCCAUUCAAACCCUAGAAGAAAUCAGUGGUGAAUCUUUUAGAACUGUGGAAUAUUUUAUAUACUGUAGUGUGUUUUCCCCUUGAAAGAAGAGAUUUUUAAAAACUUGUGAACCCCAUACUUUUUCUUGUUUAAAUUGGACUGUGCCCCCCCAACAGAAUGUGAAACAGAAAAUAUCAUUUUAUGUCCCACUCUCCCCAAGGUGGAACUCACCUAAAUUACCAGCCAAGAUUUGUCUAAAGGUUUCAUGGGCUAACCUACAUCAUGUGGAAGUCUGUUGAAAGAAUAUAUAGCUACAUGUUUUCUGGUGGGUUCUUGCAGUGACCAUGAACCUCUUUGAAGGCUGAGCAUGAGUACUCUAUGACAGAGCUAUUCUCAACUAAGUUUGUAUCUCAUGAAUGUCUUUCUUCCAAUUUAUUUCUAAUUGAUUUCCACAGAAAUGAAUUUACAUGUUUUAUCUUGUAUUGUGAAAGAAAGAAGUGUGAUACCCGUAGCUUCUACGAUGCUAUAAUAGCCAUUCUUGUAUGUUGAUCUUGAGUGUAAGAGCUAUGUCCAUUCUGUAAUUAUCCAUUGCACUUUACCAUAACAAGCUAAUCCUUCUAGGCUUGCGAUUCGAGCUGGGGAUUAAUUAUUGCCAUUCAGAAUUGUGUGUAUUUUUAUAUGUUGACUGUAAAUAUUGUUAUUACAGUCAAAUAUUUUUAUGACCAAAUAUUUAUAAAUGCAUGGCACAAUGCACGCAUGAUUACUAGUAUGUAGAUGAUUAAAGACACUAUUUUCAGGGUUAUUACACUUUUUUAUUAAAAUUCUCAUAUUCUCUAUCAUAAAUGCCUCCUGGAUUUUAGUUGCAAAGCCCUAAAGUCCAUAAAAAACUUCACGCUAAGGGAAGCAAUCAGAAAAUUGCUUUCUCAUGGUGUCAAAAAAGCCAUCUACUCUAAGAUGGCCAUUAGGAAAACCCAGGGCUAAGCCAGGUCUCUGCUGGGUCAAGCAGAAUCUGCAUUAGGCAGGAAUCAAAUAUGCCCUGGGUGUGCUAAAGCAAGCCAGAAGUUACGGUACCUUAAGAAAUGGACCUGUGAUGAUUUCUCCUGAGACUGUAGAAGUCUAUGCUUUACUCACGCUUCCCAGAGAAAAGUCUACUUUCAAUCAGUGUUGUUCCUGUGUGCACAGCCCUCUGCUAAUUCUUUCAAAGGUGAUCCCGAAAGCUUUCAUUUAUUUCAAAGGAAUUUCAAGAUAAUUUUUAUUCUCUUUUAAAACAACAAAAUUCUUUCCUUUACGGUGACAAAAAAAAUAAUAAAGUUAUAACAAAGUUCUGCAGUAUCAAGUCAAAACAUCUAUGGCUGAAUUAGUAUGCCCUUGAAGUCUCCUCGUCUCAAAUUUGAAUACAAAACUCCGAAUCAUCUCUGUGGCACAGGCCCUUAUGCCAACCUUUUUCCACAAUGAUCUGCAGAUACACUGCACAGAAGGUAAUUACUUUAUUUUUACAGCUUUGCCUUUAAUAGGACUGCAGUGGUAGCGACCAAAUCAAAAGCAGC